ACUAACCUGCCUGAGAUUUUACUUCAGUUUCAAGUGAACCAAAGCUUUACUUGUACUGUCCACUUCAAGAACACGAACAAUGCAAUGAGACAAAUGGGGUGCAGACUAUUUGACAUUUUACAAGUGGAGAGAGACUGCUCAUGUCAAACCUUGAUGCUGAGGGGCAGAUGCUCACACUGAAAGCUGUCGGCUAACAGGAAGCAAAGCAAGAUAUGAUAACUGAGGGAUAAUUUGGUCUGGUAACAAUUCGGCAUAAGCAUACUUCAUUCCUGCUUGACGGGGUGGGGGAUUUUUUUUUUUUUUUUGGCCCCUUAAUUAAAUGCCACACCCUGCUUAAAUAACAGUCUAUCCCUUUGGCACUGUUUCAGUCUUUUGUUGGCUACUUCCAGUAGGGAAAAGGUCCAUGUCAUAAAGCUUGGAAUAUAUCCAACUAGCUUUUAAAGCCAGCACUCUACCAGAUCACCUGUGGGAUGUGAUGGAACAUGAGCUGCAUCUCAUUGAUGAGCAGGAACUGCAUGUCAAUAUGGACUAAAGUCUGCCCUAAAUUUGUCAAAGGGGGCUCAAGAUGUACUUGAUAGUGGCUAUUGGGUACACCUUGUUUUACAUGCAAGGUGUAUUUGGAGUGUAGAGGGAGACAUUCAGUGUUGAACUAAAAUUUGCAGGGUCAUGUCUCGGCAUCUGAAAACUAAGAUGCUCCUUAGCUGACGGCUUUUAAAAUUUGAACACAUUAGAUGACUCUGCUACCUCAGGAAAGCUUAAGUUAUGAGGGAAAACACAGUGAUGGUAACACAUUCUGAUCGUUAGUGAGAUGAAACUGCUUCUAGGAAAGCUUUGUGUGUUCCACAGUGAGGCUGUUUGAACUCCAUGCAUAUAUUUUUGUUGCAAACAUCUCCAUGGCACCCCAGUGUAUUCAGCCCAGAAUCUAGAUGUUAUUUAAAGUCUGGACCAAAUUCUUCCUAUUGUUUACACAAAAACCACAAAUCAUGUUUACUUUGGCUGUGAGGCAACUUCUGGUCCGCUCAUUCUCUCAUUUUCCAGUAAGAAUUUUAAACUCUUUAAUUUCAACUCGUGUGUGGGUGUUAAAUGAUUCAGCUUCUAUAGUUGGAGAGUUUAUCUACAAUAUAAUAAGGACCCCCCCCCCCCCCAUCCCUCAGAUGAUGGAUUGCUGCUGUGUAGCCCCCACAUAUGUAAACAGCCAUAUAAAAACAGACCCAUCUCAAAUGUUUAGUUCAUUCUGGACAUAGAAGAGGCAAGCAUCGUCUUGGAGGUACUGCUGAGCAGAGGGGACAAUGGAAGUUGCAGGGGCUGCAUUUUGGGCAGCACUUAUGGUGACGUUUGUGACAUCUAAACCGGUUUGCCUACAUGUGGAAGACGAUUCCUCAAAAUCAUCAGAGUCCAGCGAGUCGAUGUCAUCAUCGGAGGAGACCGAAGUCCAGUUCGGACCCUCACAACCGGCGCUAACAGACACGGGCCUGCAGACGGAGCUCCUGGACUCCAAUCCUUCUUCAUCCACAACCGACUCGGCAGCACCGCCGGUGCCUGAGGAUCCACAGACCUCCACAGACAUAGACCCUCUACAACCCCUCCCACAGGGUCCCUGUCAGACUGCUCUCCAGGUGGACAGCUCUCUCGGCGCAGCACCCGACUCUCCGGAUGCUGGCAUGGCAAUAAUCACGACGAAACCAAAAGGCACCGGCGCAUACGAGGGCCUCCAGCGGGAAGCCACCCCACCCGCUCCUGUACAGGUCCUCACACCCACUCCUCUGUCGGUUUCCACAGACACGCCCUCCACCAUCCCCGAAGACACCCCUGCUACCAGUUUGGAUUGUUUCACCGUGCAGCUUCUAACAGCCGAGCCGCCGCCACCUCGAGGAGACAGCAUAUGAGGAAUUGGGCUAUAUGGACUUGAAGUUUUAUCACAAUAUUUUAUCGGUACUACUUUGAUAACAAUAAAGGUGACAUUAAGAAUUA